AGCAGCAGUCGGGCUGCAGCGGGAGUGGGGGCCGGGUGGCGGCCGGAGCUCGACAGCAUGGAAAAUCAAGUGCUUGAGUCCUCUGAAGAGCGAACAUUUCAGUACCAGAGUUCUCUUCCUUCACUGCCAGUUCCUGCUCUUGAUGAAUCUUUAAAGAAAUAUCUUGAUGCAGUAAAGCCAUUUCUUAAUCAAGAAGAAUAUGAAAGAACAAAGGACAUUGUUAAAAAGUUUGAACAUGGAAUUGGAAAAGACUUGCAGCAAAAAUUACUGGAAAGGGCUAAACUAAGGAGGAACUGGCUGGAGGACUGGUGGCUGAAUGUGGCUUAUCUUGAGCCUCGCCUACCAACACAACUAUAUUAUAAUUUUGGAGGGCCAGGCCCUUACCUUGAACACUACUGGACACCCAAAGAAGGGACGCAAAUUGAAAGAGCAUCCAUGAAUUUAUGGUAUACUUUGCAGUUCUGGGACCUAUUAAGAACGGAAAAAUUGGCUGCACAUAAAUCUAGAAAUUCACCUCUAGAUAUGAAUCAAUUCCGAAUGCUGUUCUGUUCUUGCAAGAUUCCAGGAAUUACUAGAGAUUCAUUUUGCAAUUAUUUCAAGACUGAGAGUGAAGGUGAAUGUCCGUCUCACAUAAUAGUCAUGUGUCGAGGUCGAAUAUUUGCCUUUGAUGCUGUGUAUGAAGGUCGCAUGCUGAACCCUUCAGAAAUUUUCAGGCAAUUUGCAUAUAUCCAAAAAAGGUGCCAUAAUGAACCCAAUGGACCAGGGCUGGGAGCCUUAACAAGCAAUGAGAGAACCAAAUGGGCAGAGGCACGUGAAUAUCUAAUCAAUCUUGAUCCAAAGAAUUUAACUCUACUAGAGAAGAUUCAGAGAAGUUUGUUUGUGUUAUCCUUUGAUGAUUCCAGUCCCCAUGCAACCUCCAAGGAUUACAGCCAGAUUACCAGGUUGGCAUUAGCAGGAGAUCCAACCAUACGCUGGGGAGAUAAAUCCUACAACAGUAUCAUCUUUUCCAAUGGGACAGUUUGUUCAAACUCUGAUCAUACUCCCAUGGAUGGCAUGGUUUUAGUAGCUCUGGGCUCUUAUGUAGACAAGAAGAUUAUUGAAAGUAAAGGAAAAUGGGAGGGAUCAGAUAAGAUUCGGGAUAUCCCAUGGCCAGAAGAACUUGUUUUCACACUGAACCAAAAAAUGCUAAAUGAAAUUGAACAUGCUAAGAAACAGUAUUACCAGCAGGCAAGUGACUUACAAUUAGUGAAUUAUGCCUUUACAUCAUUUGGCAAAACACUGACCAAGAAGAAGAGACUUCAUCCUGAUACAUUUGUUCAGCUUGCCUUGCAGUUGGCCUAUUAUAAACUUCAUGGACGCCCAGGCUGCUGUUAUCAAACUGCCAUGACCAGGCAUUUCUAUCAUGGACGCACAGAGACCAUGAGACCAUGUACUGUGGAAGCAGUGGAGUGGUGCCAAUCCAUGCUGAAUCCAAACUCCAGUCCUCAUGAACGGCUCCAACUGAUGCUAAAGGCAUUUGCAAAGCACAACAAGCUGAUGAAAGAAUGUGAAACUGGAAAAGGAUUUGACCGUCAUCUUCUGGGUCUCCUACUCAUAGCGAAAGAACAAGGUCUCCCCGUGCCAGAACUCUUCAUGGACCCUGCUUUCACUAAAAGUGGAGGAGGUGGAAAUUUUUUGCUUUCAACCAGCAUGGUUGGCUACACUAGAAUUGGUGGUUCUGCAGUCCCCAUGGUACAUCAUGGCUAUGGUGUUUUCUAUAGAAUCAGAGAUGACAGGUUUGUUGUGGCUUGCUCUGCUUGGAAGUCAUGCCCAGAGACUGAUGCAGAAAUGCUGUGUAAGAACAUGUUCCAGUGUUUCCAGGACAUGAUACAGUUAACAGCCACUGCCCAGCUUUAGAGUUGAUGGGAAUGUAAAUGUGCCUUGUUGUGUCUUUCAUUAUUAUUACGUAACAGUGCUGAAUGAAAUGCUAUUCUUAAAGGUUAUAACAGUCUAUGCAAGACAUUAAGUGAUAGGUCAGCAUAGAUGUUAAACAGAAAUAAUGCAAAACUUACUGAUUUUAUGGAAUUUACCGCAGCAACAAUGCAAGCUUCCUUAAAGAGUAAUAAAACUAUUUGCACCCAGAAUGCAAACUAUUGCAAGUUAUCGAAGUAGAACUAUGCAAUAUAAAACAAUGCCUCAGCAAUGCAAAUGUAUCAGAAAUGUCUGCCUUUGGAAAUGGAGAAUUUAUGAAUGUUUAGUUCUUACAAUUUUUCUAAUGGUAGCUUGUGGAAUACUUUAUAAACCACUGAAGUUUAUUUCAGUGGAGCACUUAGAAGUGUAUUUCAGAAUAUCUUUUCCACCACUAAUAGGUGAUGGUGCUUUCUAAAUGGGAAAUUGUUAAUGGAGUUCAUAAAUUGUCAUUUCUGGGGAAAAAUGAAAAUUAAGGAGAAGUAUUAGCUUAUCUGUCUGUCUCCUUCAAGCUGUACAUGAAUAUAACAAUUCCUAGUUCCUAUUUUUGCCAUUGGGAUUCUGUCAAAUGAAGAAUUGUUCUGAAUAAGAAAUUUCUCAGGUGGAGGAGGAAGGCACUAUAAUCAGAGAUUUAAGCUGACUGUGACUUUUUCUAAAUGUGAGAGUGAAAAGGAGGAUACUACUUGGAAGUUUCAAAAGAUGACAUUCUUGGGAUGAACUAACUACAAAUGUCACUGCUGCUCUACAGAAGAGUACACAUUAAAGCAAUGUAGGAAGUACAGUUUGGUAAGAUUCUCAGGACUUUAAGAUUUCUUUAUAAUUUAAAGAUUACUUUUUAUGUUUGAUAAACUUUGUAAUUUCCUUUCUCUCAAAUAAAACAGUCCAGAAAGCCUA